UUUUUGAUAGUUCGAACCGCAAAAACUGUAAAAGAUUGUUCGUUCUAGUUUGUGUUUAUACGGAAAAUAGAAUUUAAAAAUUUAGAUUUCAGUCACAGCCGAAUUAUUGUGUUUCAGUGUGGUUUUAAAGUUUCAGCACAAUGGCUUCCGAAGCACCUCCUCCCGUUGACGUGACAGAUAUCGAGUUCAAGUUGAACAGCAAAUUCAAUUUGGUGAACCAGGUGUUAACGGAGAACAGAGGAAAUCUAUUGGCUGCUGCUAGUGCGUAUGGAUUGGUCAUCGUCGGAGGCUCCGAACCGAAUCUAAAAGUUAUUCAACUGUCUCGAAUCGUCAGCGACAAAGACAAACCGGCUGUACCGACAAGAUCGAUUCCACUGCCAGUGCCGGCACAUUCAAUUGCACUCAGUUGUGACCAUUCGAUGUUAGCUGUUAACUUCAAACAAAAUGAAUUAGCCUUCGUGACCGUCUUUUCCGUGCCAUCGUUUCUAUCCAACAACAUCAAAAUAAUUCACCAGAAUAUUCGGCUUUGUACUGACGAUGGUGUCACCGCUUCUCAGCUGUUAUGGAAUCCAGUGUUGCCCAACACUUUGGCUAUUUGUCUAAGUAACAAAUCACUUUUGGUAUUCACCUUUAAGGACCAAGGAUACGAUUUCUAUUCGAUUGACAAAUCGGAGCAAGUUGGGUGUGCGUCAUGGAGCCCGAAGGGAAAGCAAAUAGUUGCCGGAUUUCCGAACGGAAAAAUUGCCCAAUACAAACCAGACUUGAAAUUGGCACGAACAAUUCCAUGCAUUGUGCGUAUGUACAACACAACAUGGGAUGUGAUUGCCAUACAGUGGCUGUCGACAUAUCAAUUUGCCGCAGUUAUGCUACCGAGGGAGGAGAAUGCUUAUCCCGCACUGUACAUCGUUUAUGCGCCAAAGAACGGCACUCCAACCUACACCAGUUACAAUGACGUUUGCUACAGUCAAUCAGGUCCGCGAUCAACGCAAAUUAUUCUCUCGCACAUUCUGCCAUGGAAUUUGUUGCUGGUCAUUUCUGCCAACAGUACCGAAGUUGGCUUACUCGGAACUACCGAUACGGGCGACAAUCCAUUGUGGAAGCAAUAUAUCACGCUGGACGCAGCUAGAGCUGAACUGCCAUUGUUCAAUAACAAGGACGAAACGUUUCCAUUAGGAAUGGACAUAGACACGGGAGUGACGCAUCGGAUUGUCGUCGAUGAAAAUGAAAUACCUGUGAUGGCAAUGUUGCAUCUGUUCUCCACCCAUGGUUUUCUGAUUUCAUUCAACAUUCUCAAUAAGACACCGAACUGUCCAUCAAUUAAUUCCCCGCCACAAUUGUUGGCGGAUACGAGUGGCAUUGGUAACUUUACAGUGGCUAUACCAACGACAGCUGCACAGCCGAAUGCAUCGCCACCGAAAAGCGAUAUAAGCUUUGCAUUUCCUGCAUCGGCUGCUGCGACGUCAACACCACGAGCUCCGCAGAAAACCACUUCCAUUUUCAACGCAAAUGAAGCACCCAAACCAGAUGGCAACCUUUUCCAAAAUGCCGCUCCAGCCGAACCACCAAAAGCCUUUUCGAGUUUAUUUGGUGGUCAGACAACGAUUCAACCGAUUUCGUCGUCUCAGAGUGCAUUUUCCUUCGUUCCGAAAUCCACUGAACCACCGUCUACUAACAGUCAGCCAACGCAAGCGAGCGUAUUUGGAGUUGUGAAGCCUCAAAUUCCUGUCGUUGCACCAGUGAAACCGAACGUAAUGCAGUCGACGAUCGAUCCGGUACCAAGGCCGGACAACAAUAAGCCAUUUAUAACGGUCGCACCAACUUUCUCCCAGCCAGCGCCAACGAAUGUUAUCGAGAAGGCGACGAGACUGCAGCCGACUGAUGACAACGUAAUAAGCGACGACGACAUAAUCCGGAAAAUGAUUCGGGAAGAGGUGCAAUCGUACGAGUCGCUAGCAAAAACAUUGCUGAAACGUUGCAAAAGUCUUGAAAUCAACAUUGGUUCGAAGGAAGAAUCACAGAGCAUGAUGAAGGAGCUGAAGGGAUUGCAAGAGGUGAGCGAUCAGGCGACUGAAAGUACCGAAGCAUUGGCAAUGGACAUCCAAUCGCUGAAGGUGUCAUUGAGCGAGACGUAUUUGAUGAUAGUCGAGUUGAAGAGCAAACAUUCGAUGCUGAAUGACGCAAACUACUCACAGCUGAACGACUCGAACAGUAUGAGUCACACCAGCCGACGUCAAUUGGAAAAGUUGGAGAAAUUGUUAGCGGUCAAUGAAAAUCAGUAUCGAAUUGUCAGCCAGCAGAUCAAUGCUCACUGGUCGACGUAUGAGGAAAAUAAGAAGAAAACCACAAGGGCCAAAAUGCAUGUGCCGACGCUGGAAAACAUUUACCAAACAUUGACGAAGCAACGCGACAUCGUGAGCAGACAACGCAUCAAGAUCAAUCACAUCAAAUCCAGGCUGGGUUACAAGGACAACACAAAUCCAUCGAAAAAGAUGGCUGAAGUGAACAUCAACUUGCUGACCGAUUCAAUGGUUACAAUGUCUCUGUGCGAUCAAGUCAAAUUAGACACUGAACGAUUGUCGACGGAAAAACUUUCCUCGCUUCGAGAUAUGCUGAAAACUCGAAAGAUCUUGCAAAUUACACCAAAACGGCCCGAGCGAACUGGUUUGAGCUCGGAGGUUGUAUUGGAAAAGAGGAGGGCACAAGAGAAGAAGAAAGCGUCAGCACCUAGAGCGGUUACGACACCCAAACCUGUCAACGUUCAACCGACCCAAAAGCCAAUUCAGUCGAUCGGGAACGAUUUUCCACAGAGUAUUGUUCCGGAUACAGGUUUCCAGCUGUCCAAAUCAACGAGUAAAACUGAGUUCUCAGGUAUAACAAACGCUGCCAAAUCUAACUCCAAAGUUGCUCCUAACAACUCCUUGGGCAUGCCUUCGACAACGGACGCUAGGUCGGAAAUUAUUGGUUUUGGUAGCGCUGCGAAACCUAUGGACAAGACAGUUAAGAGUUCCACCGAAAAUAUAGUUCAACCGUUUAGUGCAAAACCGACCAUAGCCUUUGGCGGUACAUCCAUUACAAGCGACAAACCGACAAUAGGUUUUGGCAGUACGACCGUCGCUAGCGAUAAACCAGGAAUGUCUUUUGGCAGUGGCCUUUUCAACAAUCUGGGAACCGCUUCAUUCGGUGCAAGUAACACUCAACCGUCCGUAUUGUUCGGAUCAACGCCGACGCCAAUUCCAUUCGGAUCGCAGACAACAAACACGGCCUCAAUCCUGAAAAAAGUAGAUUCGACCAAGCCGGAGAAAACGUCUGCACCGAUCGAUGCUACUGUACCGAAACCGAUCACAGUUACUAAGACCGCAGACAAAGAAAAUGUUCACAAAAUUGAAGUUCCUAAGCCUGUGCUCGGUGGAUUGACUCAAAGCAGAAGCGAUACUGUGCAGAAACCGACACCAAUUCAACCGAUCUCGUCAAGUUUUGGUAUUGUGACGUCUGCACCUGUCGUCGCGAAUCCGACUUCACUGACUAUGCCAUUUGGAACCACUGCCACUACGAAAGAGUCGGGUGCACCGUUCAGCACAAUAUCUUCUGGUCAACCGAAUGAGGCACCCAAGAUAUCGUUUACGGCUGCAUUGCCAGCUGCUCCAAUACAAUCCAACGCAACAAACAAUGUUCCAGUCAGUACGACUGUAAGCAGCUCUAGUGGCACAGAUUUCUCAUUUUCUUUGGAUAAGAUGGGAAUUACACCGAAAACAACAGCCGCAACUGGAAGUGCUUUGCAAAAGCCGCUGUUCAAUUUGGAUCCGAAAAUUCAGACUACUGUUGCUGCUAGUAGCGAAGACGCUGAAAAGCUACUUGGGAGUCUUACUUUCUGCAAACCAACAACCACCACCACCACCGACCAAGCCAAAACCACUGCAACUGGUGGAAACAUUUUCUCCAUGUCAUCGUUCACAACGCCAACCAAGUCGGAAAACGCAUCAUCAAUUUUCGGUGGAAAUGCAGCAAGCUCACCGUUUUCAAAUUUCGGGAGCACAGUUUCAACAGCACCAAAUACCCCGACCACUCAACCUUCCGUUUUCGCAUCCUCUUUCGCAUCGCCAAAUGUAACCGUCACUAGCGCAUCAGCGGAUACUUCGUCUACUGGAAUAUUUGGUAAGACCGAUCAGCAAUCACCUUUCGGCCAACAGAAAACAAAUUCGAUAUUUGGUGGGGCUGCUACCACAACAGCGAACAGCUUAUUCGGUGGUACUGUCGCUGCCACACCAUCGACGAACGUAUUUGGUGGCAAUGCUUUCGAAACUGCAUCGUCCACAUCGUCCCCAUUCGGUGCGACUGCGAAUACAUUCGGAACACCAACAUCGGCCUUUGGUGCAACAUCGUCAACGAACACAUUCGGCACACCGACAACGAAUGCAUUCGCUUCAUCUACAUCGACAUCAAAUAUAUUUGGAAAUUCUGCUGCUGGUGGAUUCGCCAACGCUGGAAAUGCGUUCGGUACAUCAAAGUCAAUAUUCGGUGGCGGUGGAUCGACUACCGAACCAACUUCCACAUUCGGUUCAACUGGAGGUAGUCUUUUCGGUGCACCGAAUGCACCAGCGCCAGCACAAACAUCCCCUUUCUCCCAAUCAGCAUCGCAGUCGACCGGAUCACUAUUCGGAGGCUCAUCGUUUGCUGCAUCUCCACAACAAUCAACCGGUUCCAUUUUUGGUGGAGCAUCUGCAUCAGCGACCAGCGGCUUCGGUCAGUCGACUUCGGUUUUCGGUGGUUCAUCGUUCAGUCAACAGAGUUCUCCGUUUGGUGGCGCACAGGCACAGACAUCAACAACCGGUUUCGGAAGUCAACCGACAUUUGGUGGACAAGCAACAUUCGGAGCAGCACCAACUUUUGGCAGCCCGAAAAGUGGUUUCGGAUCGUUUGCCAACGUGGCCAAUACUUUCGGGACUUCACCGACACAACAAAAUUCGCUAUUUGAAACGUUGGGUUCAAGUGAUACUGGCUUGUCGUUCGGGAAUAUUGCGCAAAAUUCUAAUGCUGCUAACAGUCAGAAAACGGCAUUCGGAGGAGGAUCUUUCUCGACAUGGCGCUAAACUGAAGGAUGAGCUGGAUACGAAGGGUGUCAAUUACUAAACUCAAUGCACAGAAGUGGUUGAAAUAAAUUGAAAUUUGAGUCGAUCAAUUACAAAAGUUGCGUUUAAUAAAUUAACGAUCGAAAAACACAAAAA